UACGCGGCUGUAGCGCCAGGUUUUACACACUGCACUCGAGACCAUAUGAGGUACCGGACGGAUUCCUGAAGUAGAUCUCAGUCUUGAAGUGAUUUUCUCCAGAAUCGAAGUGAAAAGGUCGUAAGAAGAAAAUAAGCUGUCGAAGAGGCAAUUUGCACUUAUUAAUCGUGCUUACAGUCCAUCAUUUAAGAGGAUUUUGGAAGUAUACGAGCCAAUAUGCAGAAUCUGUUGCUGCUCGUCUUAAGCGUGCUGUUGUGCUGUUAUUGCUCAGCUUUCUCUGCAUCUCUGAAAGCUCAAGAAGAGACCCAGACUCUAUUUUUAGGGGAAGACUUGCACAUCCCCAUUCCAGUGGAUAGAGCAGGUGUGUCAUUCAAGUCUUCAGUUGGUCAAGGAUCCGAAAAGGUGCUGAUGGCUGCUGGGAAGGCGGUAGAUCCUCGUGCCAAACUCAACGAUGCUUUAAGCCACCUAAUCUUGGAGAAUGUUGGAGAAACUGAUGAAGGAGUCUACACCAUCACAUCUUUCCAAAACACUGAGAAUGUUACACGCUUGACAUUUUAUGUUAGAGAUUGUUAUAAUGAGGUCCUGGUCAAGUAUGGUUCAGAUUUUUACGUAGUGCUGAGUGAUUUUUCAGAGCCGCUUCAAGUGGGGUUUCGUAACAGUACAGUGGAAGCCAAUCAAACCUCGGUGAAGCCUGUGGAACUGCUGAAUGAUAAAGGGAAACCCACAGAGAAUUACAAUGGUCGAAUUAAUGUGACAGCUCAAAAGUUCACCCUUCAGGCUGUCACAGGCGCUGAUGAAGGUAGUUACACCUUCAGAGCCGGUGGGAAAGAGCAGAAGAAGAUCUGCCUAAAAGUGAAAGCACAUCAGGUAUUUGUCACCCUUACAUAUGGUGGCACUCUGAAAAUAAAUCUUCACAUUAAUAGUUCCUUAGCUCGCCUGUUCUACACCCCUAAGUCUGAUAAGACUGGUAAGUAUGUGAUUCUGGAGAGUGGAGAGCUCAAAAUGCCUCCUAAUCUGAAUUUCGAGAAUCGUCUCUCUUUGGAGGAGUCUGUCUGCGUGCUGACAGGGUUGAAGGCCAGCGAUGCCGGAGUUUUUAGUGAGACUGACCUUCACGGAUUCCACGUGUCUGAAGUCUACCUUGAGGUGGAGGAAUACAGGCUUCCUAAUCUCUUCAUUGCCAUCAUUGCUCUGGUGGCAUUACUGGUGCUGCUGCUGUUGGUGUGUUUGAUCUCAUGUUUGAUUAAGAUACGCAAACGUGCAGCGAAGGCCAAAGCCACUGAGGAAAACACAGACAAAGCGGAGGGAGAUGCGUUUAGACAGGUUGUGAAAGAUGCCUGUACCAAUCAGAACGAGGAAGCCCCAGCCCUGUCACAGAAAGAGGACAUCACUGAGAAAUCACAGAGCACAGAGGUCAGCAUUAAGGGUUUGGAGGUGUCAACAAAGGAGCCAAGUCUCCAGGAAAGGAAUCUUGAGACCAGUGACUCUGGUGUAGGCUUUAAUACCUCUGGGCUUCCAGUUGACAGUGAUACAGAUGUUCAAACAGCACCCAUAGAUUCUGAUGUAUUAAGUUCCUCUGCCGCCCCGUCACUUAAAGCAGAUCCAGAGCCAAAGUCUGCCCCCUCACCUCCAAAACCAGCACCAACUUCUGAUCUGAAACCAGCACCCGUGGCCAAGUCGACUGCUCCUCCUCCACCUUCUCCUGAACCCAAAGUAACACCUGAAUCCAAACCUGCUGUGACACCCGAGCCAAAACUGACCCUCUCAUCAACACCCGAAACAAAAGCAACCUUGACUCCAUCACCCGAACCAAAGCCAGCUGUGACACCCGAACCAAAGCCAGCUGUGACACCUGAACCAAAGCAAGCUGUGACACCCGAUCCAAAACCAGAGGCCACCAAACCAAUUCCGAGCCCAACUCCUGAAGCCCCCAAAACAUUAACACCAACACCCGAUGCCAAACCACCCACUACUCCAGAUGCCAAACCAGCAGUUUCGCCUGCUCUUGAGCCAACACCAGCUAAAGUCAGCACCCCUGAACAGAAACCUGCUGUUAGCCCGACUCCUGAAGACCCCAAAACAUCGACCAUCACUCCUGCACCUGAUCUGGAUUCAACCCCUGAGCCUAAAGCCUCUUCACCUGCUUUGCAUUCUAAACCACCCGUCUCACCGGUUCUCGACCCAAAGCCAACCACAAACGGUACUCCCGAAUCCAAGGAUGACAUUUCUCCUAAGCUUGAUGUGAAGACCACUGAGGCACCAGCAUCUACCCCUCCUAAAUCUCCUGAUACUGGGAAAAGCUUGCUCAAAACUCCCGAGGUCAUAUCCAGUGGAGGUCUUUCUCCAGAGGGAAAACUAGACUUGGCUUCUCCUAGUGACAGUGCACCUCCUUCCAGCACUGAUGGAGCUGCACCAACUGAGAUUUAAACCGUAGCCUCUUUCCUGCCUCCUCUGAGUGUAUUAACCACCACAGACAAUCGAGACACUUGACUUACCAACAAAGAAGAGCUAAGUGACUUCCUAAGUGGGUGGGAUUCUUACGUCUUUUAAGUCUCACUUUUAAUACGAUUAGCGUGCAUCAAAAGAUAUUUACACUGUCAGUUCACUCAGUUUACUAAUAUUUAUUCACCCUGUGACAGUAAAGUGUAACACGUUAAAUACAGAGAUAUAGCACCACUGGCUAAUUUUACUCAGAGGGGUGAAUUCACUAAACAGUUACACCAUUUUUACGGUGCAAAAGGCUUAACCAGGCGCUCCAUGUAAUUUUGUAAUUUAGGUUUGUUUAAAGACUUUAUACGCUGUUGCAAUUAUUAUUGUGCUGUUACCACCAGUGAAGCAGUUUAAAAGAGAUGUUUGCGUAGGUUUUCUGACAAGCGUGACAUGACUAAUUCUUCAAAUUAUGAUAAAACGAUUAGAAGCGUGUUUCCUGCAUUUAGCUGAGCUGAUUCAGAUGCUUGGACUGCAGUAUUGUAUAAUGCAGUAUUGUCCCAGUAAAGUAUGCCAUGGCAUUGUGCCACAACAUUCAUACAACCUAGCACUCCUAACACAUACCGGCCUGUGAGAUUGAAAGAAAUAGCAGCAUGCAAAUUGCAUCACUUCUUUCGUGAAUAAUGGCCUGUUUACACCAGGUAUUAAGAUGCAUUUUGUCGAUUAGAUCACAAGUGGACGGCACUAAAUAAAGGCGUUAACCUGAUGUAACAUGUUUUGAGCUUGUGCCCUUAAGACACUCGUGCACUUUUGAGGUAGUUGAAAACGCAUUCAACCGGAGUGCUUUUGUGGUGUAGAUGCUCAUGUGGUCAAAUGUGUUCGAGCACCCACAAAAGGCUACCUACUGACCUUAGGGUGCGCUCUCCGGAAGUCGCAUUUCAGUUAAAUACAUUAUAAAAUUAAGAUUUAUUCCCCUUAAGACAUAUAAUCAUUGUAGUUUCAUUCUUACAUUAAAAUGUAAUGGUUGCUUUUUUUAAAAUAGAACCUGAAAUAUUAGACCUCAAUGACAUUUGCGGUCAACCAAUGCGACUUCCGGAGGGUGCAACCGAAAUCCUGGCCAGGACGUGUCCGGCAAGAUGGCACAAUGUUUCCUCCUCUCACCCAUAGACCAUCCCAAAGAAAUCAGGAAAGAAGCGGUUGAAAGUGGACAAAAGAGACAUGUUUAUUUCUCGUUUACUUGUGAUCUGCCUGAUUGAAGCGCAUCUUAAUACCAGCUAUAAACAUGACCUCAGACACCAAAGGAAACGCAAAUGGUUCUUAGUGAAUUCCCCCUCAAUAAGGGAGGCUGUCGGGGCUUUUUAUGUGUAUAAAAACAAACAUCCCAUCCUCGUACCUGCAUGAAGAUAGGGAGAAAAUAAAUUUGAUCAUCUGUUCCAUAAUCCUAACUUUCUGCGGUAAAACUUAGGAAAAGUGCACAGAAUGUUAAAUCUUUACAAGAUUAUUUUGACCAGUAGGCAAAUCCAAAGUUCAACAUUGAUGCUGUUGAGUGAUUUGUUAGAAGAAAGCCGGCAAGAUAGCCUUGUUUCUGAAGAGUUUUCUUGUUUCAGCGAUUACUAUGAAUAGUGCAACACUCAAUAUGGCCACUCUGGUGUCCCUCCUUCAAGUUAAAAGAACCAAUCAUCAAUCGAUAAAGACUGAUGAUUAUCUGGGGGAGGGACUCUUUACAGGGUGAGGCGUUUGCCAACUUGUGCGCAUUCCAGUAGCUGAAGCGACAUUGAAAAAAUUGUGUUUUGGUACAGUUGAUUUCAGGCUUAAUUGUUGUUUGGAAACAUGUUAUUUAAUUGUGAUUAUAGCACAAUAUUCUGUCCUUCCGCAUUGAAGUAAAUAGGACUUUAGUUUUGCACGACUAAAAUGACUGCCCGGAGGCACUGGAAACAUGGCCGCUUGUGGCAUGACUUCCUAAAAGGGAGUUUGGUCCAACCCUUGAAAACAUUGGUCUCGCGGAUGUUCUUCAUGGAUGUGACAAUGCACAUUUCCUGUUCAUUUAGUACACUAGUCAACAUUCGAAGUGGAUCAAAACCAUUCAUAAAAGUUUACAUAAAACCAAUCCCUAACUCCCGUUCUUGUCUUAGGACAACUUUAAUAAACUUUUUUGAUCCACUUCAAAUGUUGACUAGUAUAUUACAAGAGUUGUUGAAAUAUGUGACACUGGACCGCAAAACCUUAAUAUUAAGUAGCACAUGUAUAUUUGUAGCAAUAGCUAACAAUAAAUUGUGUGGGUCAAAAUUGAUGAUUUUUCUUUUAUGCCCCAAAUAAUUGGAAUAUUAAGUAAAGAUCAUGUUCCAUAAAGAUAUUUUGUAAAUUUCCUAUUGCAAAUGUAUCAAAACUUUAUUUUCUCUGUGUGGAUGCAGUUGCUAAUGACUUCAUUUAGACAACUUUAAAAGUAUUUAGAUUUUUUACACCCGCAGAUUCCAUAUUUCAAAUAGUUGUAUCUCAGCCAAGUGUUGAUAAAAAAAACAUACAUCAAUGGAAAGCUUAUUUCCAUUAAAGAUGAUGUAUAAAUCUCAAUUAUUUUUGGUUUUGUGGUCCAGUGUCACAUAUAUGCUUCUGUGAAGGAAAUGUGUUUUGGGGGAAUAUAGAUCUGAUAAGUUUAAUGUUCUAAAUGGGUUCUAUAUUGAAGUCACCAUGGUUACUUAACUGAUAAAAUAGGAUUAAGGGUUAGGAUGCUUCCAUAAUACAGGCAUAGAUUAAAUAAUCUCAGUGGUAUGGCAGAAAAUGUUUCUGUUAUCUCAUCUGUUAUCAGUGAUUCUUCUUAUCAGUUUUAAAGGUUUCAGGAUGUGUAUCCCAUGUAAGCAGAUCUGUUGAUUCUAGAUGUUUGAGUACCAGUGGAUGUGCUUUAUAAGAUCUAAAUUAUCUCCAUUACUUCUGGGAAAUCCACAAUGUUGACUCACAUGCCAGUUUACAUACAGUACAGUAUAUUCCAGGUGUCUCCAGUGGAACCUGAACACCACUGCCUGUUAUACAGUAUGUCUAGGAUCCUGCUCGUAACACAGAGGUUGUGGAAGCAGAGAUUUAUAAGUGAGUUUGAAUAUAAACUAUCUUAAGGUUUGUGGGUAGAUUUCUUAAAUGCGGGGUGACCUUUGUCUCACAUUAUAGCUUGAUUAAAUCUGAAUGGCAUUGUAAGGACCACAUAUUUUGGCGAAGCACAAAAUACUUGCGAUUGAAGGUUUACAGUAGUCGAUUAUUAAUUUGAAUGACCAGGCGAUGCCUUCCCCUACAAACGGCCAAAAUAUGGCCUUGCUCUUCCAAGCGAAGUUUUAAUAUCAGUGCAAUGACUUGAAAGCCAUACGGCUUUAACAUCUCAUAAUGUAAAUAUUACAAAUAUUAAAUAUAUUCAAAGUACACAGUUUCCCCCCUAACAUAAUAGACUUUAUGACCGACAAGGCAGGCUUAUAAAUGUAAUCCUGUCUAAAAAUGAUUGUAUGCACACACGUGUGUUUUGUGAUCUAAAAACAUCUAAGCAAUAUACAGUAUGCACAGAUACACGUGUGCAUAUAAUGAAAUAAUAGCUGGUCUUCGAGUAUGUAUUGUGAAGUACCAGGUUAUUUCAUUACUCACAAGCAUUCACUGUAAAGGGUUUUUUCUUCUUUAUGCAAUAAAACCCCAAUAAACCUAGCGUAGUAUCACCAUCAUGCUCCCCUGUGACCAGGCUUCUGACUAAUCGCAUUGGCUGUAGAUGUAAGUGAGCUUGAUUUCACAUGCCCUAAUUUUUGGUCUCCAACAAAAUGAUGUCAUGGUUAAGUGCAUCCCGGUAAUGCGCAUCACACAUCUUUCCAGGCAAAGUCAAUAUUCAUCUGGUUGCUUGCUGAAUUGACGGCAUUAUAUAGCAUUAGAUCACCUCCAAGAAUCGCAUGAAUUAAGAAACUGUACCUUCAAGACACUGCCACUAAUAUAUUAAUCUUGAAUCAUGAUUACUGUAUGUUUUUGUAUUUGGUGUGUGACACGUUGUGCCCUUGGUAAUUCGGUUGUGUUUUCUGUGUGCGUGUUUGCGCAGGUGCAUUAUGGGAUUUACCCAUGUGCAUGCCCAUAGGUAGUCAUUCUGGGCCCCUUAAUUGUCAUGGGUUACCCCGGUAGCUACAGCCCUGCCUGUGAGAGAUUAUAGAUGUUAUUCACCAUUGGCGACAUCAGCAGACCUAUAAGUAUUUGUAAAUGUGCAUGUGAGUAUGUUGUGUGUGUGUGCGCGUGUCAGUGUGUUAGUAAAGCAGCAAUGUUGAUUGGAUAGAUGUAAUUUAAUGCAUUUAGCAGUGUCUUCUAUCUUUCUCUCUCUCUCUCUAUCACUCUCUAUCUCUCUCUCUCUCUCUCUCUCCAGCCUGCUAGUAAUGGCCUUUCUUUCUAAAUGGUAUUAAAGCAGGUUCAGUAUAAGAGAGUUACAAAUGCUUUGCUUUUCAUUAAGAUUUAAAUCAGAAGGGACUCUUUGCAUUGUAAUACGAAAGCCGUUCGUGACUACUAAAUUCUGUUUUGAUACUAAGACGGCCCCAUGCUGUUUGUGAUUUUGACUUAAUCCACACUCAAGACUAUGCCAUAUGGAGUUUGUCAAUGCAUGCAAUAGAGUUGAGCUCCCAUAGUGUUUAUCUGUGCUAGUGCGAUCAUGCAUUUGUAAAGUAGUGCGUAUAUCUAUAUAAAAAGUCUGAUUUUCAUAUACACAGAGAGCACUGCUUUUGUAAGUCUCCUUGUGUAUAGAUUCGAUAAUUCCAUUGCCUAAAAGUACCAAUGUUAUACAAAAAAAUAAACCGUUUUAUUGUUUAUCAACCUGUAUCUCUUCAUUUAUGUAUGGAAUAGACCUGAUUGGUCCAAGACAAAUUCUUAAAAAGUAUUAGGAGAGUUACCCAGAAUUCGGUGGGUGUACUAUGAAAUGAUCUUUUAAAGGGACACUCCACUAUUUUGAAAUAGGCUUAUUUUCCAGCUCACCUAGAGUGAAACAUUUAAUUUUUUAGCGUUUUGGAAUCCAUUCAGCCGAUCUCCUGGUCUGGCAGCACCACUUUUAGCAUAGCUUAGCAUAAUCCAUUGAAUCUGAUUAGACCAUUAGCAUUGCGCUCUAAAAUAACCAUAUAUUUUUUUUAUUUAUUAUUUAAAACUGGACUCUUCUGUAGUUCUGUAAUGUUAUUACGCAGUGCCCAAAAAUAAUCCCCUUGUUACGGCAGCAAAGUCCUUGAUUAUGACGCCAGAAUGAGAGUAUAGCUCCCUAGCCAUAUCGGCCUGAAAAAUUGAACAUUUUAAUUUUCUGUCGGUCUUAGUACACGAUGUAAUGACAGAAGAGUCAAGUUUUAAAAAAGAAAAAUAUCGAAACUCUUUGGUUAUUUUUAAGUGCGAUGCUAUGGUCUAAUCAGAUUCAGUGGAUUAUGCUAAGCUAUGCUAAAAGUGGUGCCACAAGACACAGAGAUCGGCUGAAUGCAUUCAAAAACUGAAAAAAUCACAUUUUUGACUCUUGGGGAGCUGGAAAAUGAGCCAGUUUUCAACAAAAGUGGAGGGUCCCUUUAAGGUUGAGGAAAAUUAGUGGUGAGACUGCAUGAAGAAUGAGAAAGAUACAGUACAUCUGUGCAUCCUUUCCUUAUUCCAACUUUUAGUGAUGCUUAAUGGUCUCUGUUCUUUCUUUUUGCACAAACAUGUUUAAUAUUUUGUAAAGAAAAGUGAUACAGUGCUUUAUUUCAUGCCUAAAAACAACAAUAAAGGAUUUUAAAAUGUU